ACGACGACGACUUUGCCCGUAGCGCCGUCCGUUUGUCCGUCUGUAUUCCGAGCACGAAAAUUUUUGUACACAAUGCUGUGCUAAGGCAUUGGUAUACAAUAUUUCUGUGGAUCGAGCAUCUGGGGACAAAGCUAACGAUAUGAACAGCCUAGCGUUCAGUUUGGCCGAAACGCUAAUUCCAUCCACAUACGUUCAACAAGGACUGAAUGCCAAAAAGACACGAGAAAAUCUCAUACGACAUUUCAUAGAACACCGAAAAUGGCCAGAAGAGGGAUGGGAUGACGCGACAAUAGAAGCUUUCUUCUCAGACUUGUCGCAAAUGGACAGCAAUAACUUUCCGUCCAACUGCAGCGUCGGCGAAAGAGAGGCCAGAAUAGCAUCAAACAUCGUUGCUCGCAGACACUUUCGUAUGGGCCAUGGGAUCGGUAGAUCAGGAGACUUGGAGGAGGUGCAGCCUAAGGCGGCAGGAAGUAGUCUGAUGUAUAAGUUGACAAACGCAUUAGUUCUCGACGUGAUACGAUACAUGGGGGUAAAGAGCAUAGCAGGGUGCUUCGUAUCGCCAAUGGCGACAGGGAUGAGUCUGGUACUUUGUAUGUUGACACUGAAGCAGGACAGACCGCGAGCCAAGUACGUGCUGUGGCCAAGGAUUGAUCAAAAGUCAAGUUUCAAAUCGAUCGUGACGGCAGGACUGGAGCCAGUCGUUGUUGAGAUGCAAAUUGUUGGAGACGAGUUAAAGACAGACAUGCAGAGGCUGGAGGCACAGAUGGGUGCGCUUGGUGAAAGCGUCGCCUGUGUAUUAACUACCACGAGCUGCUUUGCUCCACGGGCCUGUGAUUCAAUCGAUUUGAUAGCGGCGCUCUGUACACAGUACAACAUACCUCAUUUAGUGAACAACGCAUACGGAUUACAGAGCACAAGAUGUAUGCAUCUUAUUCAAGAGGCAUCCAGAAAGGGACGCGUCGACGCCUUUGUUCAAAGCACAGACAAGAACUUUUUGGUGCCAGUUGGAGGAGCGGUGAUUGGAUCUUUCGACAAGAAUCUACUGGAUAGAAUUUCAAAAAUGUAUCCAGGCAGAGCGAAUGCGAGCUCGACAAUGGAUGUGCUGAUAACUCUCCUGGGACUCGGAAUGGCUGGAUAUAAGCAGUUGAUCACACAACGAAAAGAGACCUACUCGUACUUGAAAGACGAACUCGGAAAGGUGGCCGCGAGACACGGAGAGAGGCUCCUGGACACCAAGGGAAACCCAAUAUCUAUGGGAAUGACGCUACAGUCACUGAGCCAUCAGCAUGACAAUAAACAAGUAACGAUGUUGGGCUCGAUGUUGUUUUUGAGAAAUGUUAGCGGUACUAGAGUCAUCACGACCACGGAUUCGAAGCACAUUGUUUCGCACAAGUUCGAAGGUUGGGGAGCGCACAAUAGCAACUAUCCAGUACCGUAUUUAACAGCAGCCGCUGCUUUGGGUAUGAAAAAAUCAGAUGUCGACUCGUUUGUUCAACGUCUAGACAAAGCAUUGAUAAAAGUACGGCGACGCUCUGCUCCGGCUACACCAACAGCUUCACUAGCUGGUUCUAGCAUCAAUGGAGACACUGGAGGCGCCGGAGGACCUGGGGAAUCAAGCACAGCUUCGACUAGCCGUGCGAGUAGCAAAGACAGCUUGAGAAAGUGAACCGUGAUCAACGCGACCGGUCAGUCCAAUCAGCACAUUAACAUGUAAGUGUUGAACACUCGUGAUAAAAAGAUGUCACGUGUUUCUAAGAUAUGACAAGCGUUUUUUACAUCCGUUGGUUUCAGCGAUGUUGGUUAAUUCUCUUGUUAAUAGACAACAGUAUUGAAGUUUAUUUCGUUAGAAAACACUUUAUUUGACUCUCGUUAGCUUGGUCAGGUAUCAUUGAUGAUACUUGAGUAUUCGUCAGUGAUAUUUUACUUUCAUAUUUAACAGAUAAAGAAUCAGUUAUAAAUAAUAUACUGUGAAUUAUAUAUCAAGCUAGUUUGUCUUUUGAUGAAAGAUUGUCGAAUGAGAAACACAUUAAAAACAAGUUAUGUUUUGGCUACACGUGACUUCUAAAUGCGCUGGUUUGUCUGUCCGUUCGCGUUGAGAAACCGUUUUUUGAAUUAGGUUAUUGCAAGUUCAGUUAAAGAUUUGAAAAUUAGUCGUACUGAUAAGUGGUCACUUGAACAGCUUAUAAAAAUCGUACUCUCGCAAUUUUCCAAAAUGAUGAUUAUUAUUCACAUUUGUCUUUCGCAUUCGAUUUUGAUAUUUAGCUGAUAAUCGAAUAUAUCACAAUGUGACCAUUUCUUAGUCGCUGAAUUUACAAAGCAAUACUUGCUGGUUGUUAAAACCAAUCGAUAAGAGGCAAAUUGAUAUUCUAGAUACAAUGUAAAAUCAAUAUAUGUCUCCAAUGUUCAUUUUAAGCAUCGUAUACAUCUGAGCAAUCGUCAGACGUCGCCAGAUACUACAUGUUUGGUCUGUUACAUUGCAAUACUACAUGUUAGAACCUAGCUAAAGGUACAGGUUGUUGAAAAAUCUUGACGAAAUAAGCUGGUUUCAUUAGUCAAUAAUACGUUGCACCUCAUUUGUUGAAAAGAUGUUGUUAAUAAAAACUUCUUAGUUCAUUCUCAGAAUGCGUUUUUUCAUCGGAGGUAUGAAAUUUUAAUGUUUAUAAAAUGAAGACGAUGCAAAUAUCGUUGAAGCAUCGCAAGCAGCUAUAAAAUAUAUUUAAAUGCAAUGGCAGUAAAACCAUCUUAUGUCUUCCAGCUAGAUUUUCAUGCGAUCCUGUAUUUAAGCGAAUUGUCGGAUGCUGAUAGAAGCAAUUAAUUCUAUUGGCAUACCAACGAUCUGUUCGAUUAUAAUUUUUAUUGGAAAGUUCCAAAAUUGUUAAUGAAUCAAAAGAUUGUCAGUAUAGUUUAUUAUCCUACUAUUUCAUUAUCUCCUCCCCUUACCCACAAGUACAACAAACUCUUAAUUUUUCAACAUAUAUAACUUGUAUAAUCAAUCAACACAGCUAAUCAUCAGGACAUAAACAGAUCUCCAAAGUCCCGAUUCAUCGCUCACUUGAAUUAAUCUUUCCUUGCUUCUACUAAUUAUUAUACAAAGAUAUACCUAAUUAAGUUUCCUACUUUUUACAAAAAAGAGAUAAUAAAAAAAAAAACAAAGAAAAAGAA